AUGUCGUCGAUACUCAGAUCCUCGCUGCGACAGUCGUCCCAAGCUGUCAAGCAAUUCGGCAGUGUAUCAACAAAUCGAACAUAUGCGACCGCCGGAAAGCCACCAAUGAGCCAAGGAGGAUCUAAUAGAAACAUUAUAAUUGCCCUUGUGGGAGUUUCUCUCCCCACACUAUACCUCUGGCAGACACGCAAUUCACACUAUCAGACCCGUAGCAUAGACCACCCACCGCCGGCCGCUCUGAACAGCGACCCAGCCGCCAGGGCGCGGGCCGCACGCGAGGCUCUGGAGGAGCGUGGGGGUAAAGUUAAGUACGAACACCCCGAGGACCGCGAGCCCGAGCGCUUCAAGCCUGCCUUUGGUCGUCAGCACGAAAGGAAGAGGGUUGAUGGACCUCCCGAUGGUCGGAAUCAUCACGACCUACACGAGAAGCAGCGCCACCUUUGA